AGGUCAUGCAGCUUGUGACAGGGCAGCCCUUGCGGAAGAUUAUUCAGACCCGUGUCCUAGAACCUGUGGGAAUGCGCGAUUCCUGCUUUCUUGUGCCGCAGUCGAAACUGCAUCAGCUUUCAACGUACUACCGUCUCAUGCGCGAUCCGGUCAAAGGAAACCGCUGGCUUGAGCGACUGGAUGGAUUGAAAGCAAAGGAUAGCAUGUACGCCAAAGGCUCACAAGCAGUUUAUCGUUCUGGUGGACUUCCGGCAGGAGUUCCUGCUGCUGGAGGCUUGUGGGGCGCGGGGCGCUCCACAAUGCUCUUCUCGCUACGGGACAUUCUCUUGUAUUGUCAGAUGCUUCUGAAUGGUGGACAGUCUCUUGCCGGACAUCGUGUUCUCAAAGCAUCAACUGCGAGCUCCUUGCAAAUGGAUUGGCUGCGCUUGAAGGAAGCUUGCAGGACCAGAAAUCCUCCUGGUUGGGGCAGUCCCGAUGUUGGUUGGUCGCCUCUGGGCAAUGUUGAAAGAUAUGGUCCACACGCUGGUGCGCUGUAUAUGGGAGGCAUGAGCUAUUUCUGGUUGGAUCCGCGCCGGAAAGUUGCUGCUGCUAUUAUGACAGAGAGCUACUGGCAAGUGAAUCCACUUGGAUGGAAGGCCGACCUGGACGAUUUGGAACAGGUAAUACAAUCCGCAAUGAAAGGCACGAGCAGCAAGAGACAAGCAGAGAGCCAAGAUGGCUCUCUUGCAAAACGCCUCAAAUGCUGAUGGCCAAAGCUCCACCUGAGCAUACCUGAGCGUUUUCAAGUUGCAAGUCGGGAAAAGCAAG